AUGUUGAAUCAAGCGCAAGCACCGAAGGAUACUGUACAAUGCAAUGGAGAACACAACAAUCCGGAACCAACAUUGACGUCCCUAGCAGCACACCGUCUCGAGAAGAUACGGAACCGCAAGCUGACACCGGUGGUGGAAGGAAAGGCCACCCUUUGCUUACUCGACUACCUUGGUGCCCUGGUCUCGGGGUUGUCCACGCCUUGGAGUGCCGCACUCUUGAGGUAUGCUCAAGGAGCGUCUCCAGGCCGAGGGAAUGCUCAUGUCAUGGGCCUAAGGUCGCUUGUGUCGGCCGAUGUGGCUGCUUUCACCAAUUCUGCCCUCGCUCACAGCAUCAUCCGAGAUGAUAUGCACCUGGCAGCAGGUGCCCAUAUAGGCGUCAUGGUGAUUCCAGCCGCGCUAGCACUUGCCCAGCGAGACAACUGGACAGGUGAGCAACUUUUGAAAGGCAUCGUGGGUGGCUACGAGUUGGCUGUGGCCCUUGGCUCGGCGGUUCGCCAUUCGGGCCUCUGCAAUCCACAUUUCCGUCCUAGUGGAAUCAUUGGUGCUUUUGGUGCUGCUGCUCCCGGAAUUGUGGCAGAUGCCAAUAUUAGUACGAGCGUCGCCGCAAGUGCUUUGAGCUUGGGAGCCAACAUGGGCGCAGGCUUGAACGAAUGGCCUUGGGCCGGCGGAACUGAGAUCAACACUCAGAUGGGCACAUGUAGCCGCAACGGUAUCAGUGCCCUGGACCUAGCAAGAGCGGGCAUAUACAGCAGUGACACGGUAUUGGAAGGUAAAGAUGGCUUCUUCGUGGCCUAUGGAUGCGGCCCUGACAGUGUAGAAGAGUUCAGGAAUUGGUUGGCGGCAACCGAUCCGGGAGCCGGCGUCAUGGGCGCCAGGUUCAAGCCUGUGGCAGGUUGCAACAUGAUACAAACCCCUCUUGCCGUCGCUCUGAGUCUCGCCAGAGAAAUACACGGUUCAGGUCAGAGUAUCGAAAGCAUUGACAUUGUUACGACAACUGCUGCGAAGGAUUAUCCUGGCUGCGACAGCGGUGGACCCUAUGAAAAGGUCCAGCAAACAAAGAUGAGUCUCCAAUAUGGGGUCUCGGCAGCAUUGCUAUUCGGUCGAAUCGAUGAGUUUGCCUAUAUGCAGUACGACAAUGGGGAUUUGCAAGGUCUCAUUCGAAAGUGUACACUCGCUUCUGAUGCUAAGUACGAUGAGGCUCUUUCGAGAGGAGAGCAGCCCUGUCGUAUUAGAAUCCGCAAAAAAGAUGGGACAGUAUAUCAACACUCUCUGGCAGAUGUCCCAUGGCUGGAAGGGGAGGCUGUUGAAGAGAGAUUCAGGAAAGAAGCAGCGGCUGUUUUUGAUCCUGAUACUGUGGAUCAGAUACUUGGGCAAUGUCGCAUGUUGAAGGAUACAAAGACAUGUGCACGUUUGUUUGAGCUGCUUGCCCUCCAGAGGUGGAGAUGA